AUGCUCCAAGUUUCAAUCGACAAUACCUACUUUGGGAUCUUUCUUACGCGCUACUCUCUGAUAUGCACGUUUAUUGUCACCCUCAUCGUCACGCACUUCACUACACGUCGUCAAGCAUCCGCCGAUGAGGAAGCAGCCGGUACCGCUGCAGCGACAUCUGGAUGGACCGAGACAUUGCGCAAAGUGCGAAAACUCAUGCCUUUCCUAUGGCCAAAGCCCUUGCGACUGCAGGCUCUUGUAGUCUUGUGCUUCAUCUUCCUCGCACUGGGACGCGUCGUCAACGUGUUGGUACCCCUGCAGUAUAAGAGGGUGGUUGAUGCGCUUACACCGGGAGGCGAGGGGGAUAAUGAACGCCCGUACUUCGCUUGGGGUGCGAUUCUCUUGUACACUUUCUUCCGCUUCCUGCAAGGCGGUGUGGGUCUGCUCUCGUCUCUUCAGUACUUCCUCUGGAUUCCCGUGGGUCAGUACACCACUCGCGAAGUCUCCGUUCGCAUGCUAGAACACCUGCACUCUUUGUCCCUGAAGUUCCAUAUCAAUCGUAAAACCGGCGAAGUGCUCCGAGUGAUGGACCGGGGCACCUCUUCGAUCGGAUCGCUCCUGUCGUAUCUCGCUUUCAACAUCCUCCCGGUGUUUGUCGACAUUGCUCUCGCUUGCAUCGUCUUCCUCAUCACCUUCGACUGGGCCAUCGCUACGCUCGUAUUCGUCACCAUGGUGCUCUACAUCGUAUGUACUAUCUGGAUUACGGAAUGGCGCACAAAGUUCCGUCGUGCAAUGAACGAGUUCGACUCUGCUGCUCGAGCCAAAGCCGUGGACUCGCUCCUGAACUUCGAGACGGUCAAGUACUACAAUAACGAGCAGCUGGAAGUGAAGGCGUAUGAUGAGGCGAUUCGCAAGUACCAGGACGCAGACUAUAAGAGCAGCGCCAGUUUGAACAUCUUGAACUCUGCGCAGAAUGUCGUCAUCACUCUCGGGCUCCUGAGCGGUCUUUUGAUGUGUGCCAAGAGGGUUUCCGAUGGCCAGUUGACUGUUGGUGACUUUGUGGCGUUUUUGACCUAUCUUUUGCAGCUUUACCAGCCGUUGAACUGGUUCGGAACAUACUACCGAGUCAUCCAGCAAAAUUUCAUCGAUAUGGAAAAGAUGUUGGAUCUUUUCGAGGAAGGCGAGGCAAUCAAGGACAACCCAGAUGCAACGGAUCUCAUCAUUCGCGAGAAGGGACAUAUUGUCUUUGACAAUGUUGCGUUUGGAUAUGACCCGAGGCAGCUGGCCGUGAAAGGGCUAAGCUUCGAGGUACCAGCCGGCAAGACUGUGGCGCUGGUUGGGCCGUCAGGCGGUGGCAAGAGUACUGUUUUCAGGCUUCUUUUCCGCUUCUACGACAUACAAUCUGGAUCCAUCACCUUCGACGGGCAAGACAUCCGCACCGUCAAACAAGCAUCGCUCCGUUCCCAUAUCGGUGUUGUCCCGCAAGACACGGUCCUCUUCAACGACACCGUCAAGUACAACAUUCGCUACGGGAACGUAAACGCGACAGACGAAGAGAUCGUCGCUGCCGCGAAAGCCGCGCAGAUCCACGAUCGCAUCUUGAGCUUCCCCGAUGGGUACGAGACGAGAGUCGGCGAGCGAGGGCUGAGAUUGAGCGGUGGAGAGAAGCAGCGUAUAGCUAUUGCGCGCACGAUUCUCAAGAACCCCACCAUCAUUUUGCUGGACGAGGCUACCAGCGCGCUGGAUAACACCACGGAGCGGCUGGUGCAGGACCGGCUGCUCGCGCUUGGCAAGGGGCGAACUACGUUAGUCAUUGCCCACCGGCUGAGCACCAUCGUCGAUGCGGACGUUAUCCUGGUGCUCAAGGACGGGAUGGUGGCCGAAAAGGGCACCCAUAACGAGCUGAUGAACAAGGAGGGCACAUACUACACGAUGUGGAUGAGGCAGCUGGGAGAGGAAGAGCGGGGCAGCGAUAGCGGCAGCACGCCCGCAAACGGCAUCAACGGAGGCGGCGCUGGCGAUGCGUCGUCUGCCGGCGGACUAAGACCGCCUCGCGUGGACGGAUCGACGGAGCAUUUGGGAGCGACGAGUGGCAGCGAGGGGACAGCGUCGGUGCUGGGAACCGGAGGCCCUGGGGAGGUUAUUAGGGCUGCGAGGAACCGGAUAGCGAGUGCGACGCAUGCUGUUGUGGAUGGGGUUAGUGGGGCUGUUGGGGGUGGGUCGAAUACGAAGAAGGGGAAGGGGAAGAAGGGGUAG